AUGGCAGCUGCUUCGAUGGGCGGCCUCGUGGGGUUCGUGGCGCAGCACAUGUACGUAACAGCCAUCUCACUCUGCUUCUUGAUUGGCCUCUCGCUGGGCCUCCUUGGCAGCGGCGGCUCCAUACUGACCUUGCCCAUUCUGGUGUACUUGCUCAACGUGGAGGCCAAAGAAGCCAUCGCGAUGUCUCUCGUUGUCGUUGGCAUCACCAGUUCCUUUGCGCUGAUUGCGCACGCUUUCGCCGGCAACGUGGACUGGAGAGUGGGCGGCGUUUUCGGCGUGGCCGGGAUGGUGGGCGCGUACGUGGGCGGGAUCCUUGCGGGUUUUGUUCCUGAGCAUGUGCUGCUGUGCCUCUUUGCAAUUAUGACGCUCGCAACUGCGAUGGCCAUGUUGUACAAGGACACGAGGCCCCCGUCUGCCUACCAGCCCAUUGCGCACGACUCUAACGAGGAAGGGCCGGCAGACAAGAAGGAGGUGGAGAACUCGGACGACAGUGACAAUGGCAUCAAAUUGGCCGAGCUGCCUCUUUGGCACAUCCUCGCCGAAGGUUUCGUUGUCGGCCUGGUCACGGGAAUGGUGGGAGCUGGCGGUGGCUUCCUCGUCGUGCCCGCGCUCACACUGAUGGCCGGCUUGCCAAUGUCAUCAGCCAUUGGCACCUCCCUCAUGGUCAUAGCAAUGAAGUGCCUGGCAGGAUACAUUGGCCACGCGAGCCACGUCGCCAUCGACAUCAAACUGACCCUGAUUGUUUCGGCCAGCGCUGUGCUCGGAAGCUUCCUGGGCGGCUACUUGACCGAGUUUGUUCCGCAGCACGUGCUGCGGAAGUCCUUCGCCAUCUUCGUGCUGACGAUUGGCUGCCUGCAGCUGUGGAAGGAGUCGAGCAGCUUUGUGCAGUGA